AUAAAUAAAUAAAUAAAUAAAUAAAUAAAAUCUUUAAAAAAAAAAAAAAAAAGAAAGAUCAUUUCCGCCAGGUGGAGAACAGACCUUAGGCAGAAAGGGUAGCAGUGGGGGCCGGCAAAGAGACUACUGCAGAAGUCCAGGCAAGAGAUGAGUGGAGACAGGAGCAGGGAUGGGGCAGUAGGAACUGGUGAGAAGUGCUCAGAUUAUGAGUCUAUUUUGAAGGUUGUGCCAAUAGCUCCAGAAACUAAAAGGAUGGGGAUGCCACUUAGGGAGACAGGAGACUGGGAAAGUGACAGGUUUGAAAGGCAGAUGUGGUGGGCUGAUUAGUGCCCCCCCCCCCAAAAAAAAUUCAUGCCCUGAUCCUUGGAACUUGUGAAUCUGUUCCUUUAUAUGGUAAAAGGAAGAUGUGAUCAAGUUAAGAAUCUGGAGAUGGGGAGAAUAUCCCGGGUGAUCAGGAUGGGCCCAAUGCAAUGACAAGGGUCCCAUUAGAUCGAGGCAGGGUCAGUCAGUGGGAGAUGUGAUGAUAGGUGCAAGAGUGAUACAGGAAAGGGGCGAAGGGCCAAGGACUGCGGCGGUGGCAGCUUCUGGAAGCAGAGGGAGGCCCAUGUCCAGUCUUUUCCAUGGCAGGGCCUGCGCUGACAGUGAUGGUAUCUGUGGGCAUGUCAGGGGUUAGCAGGACUGGCUGUUCAGCUGUGUGCCAGUAGCCUGGGCACUGAGGUUACCACAGCUGAGGGAUCGUGGUUCCUCAGGCACGCUACUCGGGAAGCCGUGGGGUGACCCAAGAGCAGAAGACACGGUCAAGCUGGGGAAGCCAGAGAGUGGAGAGGAAGGAAGUCUGGAGGCUGAGGAGGAGAGGCUGGGGGGCUGGGGCAGGACCCAGGGCGGGACAGGUGAGGCCCAGCAUCCAGACACCCAGCCCGCAUGAGGGGUUAGGCCUGGGAAGGGGUCAAGAGGGGUGGGGGUUUUGCCCCUGGCAGAGGGGCCGUGGCUGGACUCUUGUGGGCAGAGUUGAAGUUAGACUUCAGAAGGAAGAAAUUUCUCAGGAGGCUGGCAGUUCUCACCAGAGAGCGGACUUUGAAAUGCUGACCCAGGCACCCCCACAUGCCCUUUGCUCCCCGCUUCCCUCGCCGGCUCCUCAGGGGACUGGGCCAUUCUGGACCUUGCCACUUUCUGCUCCUGGCCGCCACUGCUCAGAGACUAUGGAGCUCUGGAGGCAACUGAGGCAGGCGGGACUGGUGCCCCCGGGGCUGGGCCCCCCUCCGCGGGCCCUGAGGGAGGUCCCCCCAGUGGGGAGAGCUGGCCAGACCCUCUUGUCCCCAGGGGCAGACACUGCAGGUGCCAGGGAGAGUCUGGUGCGGAUCUGGGAGGAGCUGGGGCACCUCCGCCAAGUGGACGUCCAGCUGCUGGGCCAGCUGUGCAGUCUGGGGCUGGAGAUGGAAGCGCUGCGGGAGGAAAUGGUCACCUUCCUGGAGGAGGAGGAGGAGCCUGAGGGGAAGCGGGAGGAGGGACACCUGGCGGUCUCCUGCUCAGCCCCACACCACCCCCUGGCUGACUUCUUCGAGAUGACGAUCUGAGGCCCCGCCAGCGUACAGCUCAGUGGUAUGAAAUCCACGCUCACUGCUGUACAACCACCGGCAACAUCCAUCUUCGGAACUGCUCAUCUUGCAACCCUGCAACUGGACCCGCCAAACAACUCCCCAGCCCCUCUGCCCAGCCCCUGGCAACCACAGUCCUACCUACUGUCUGUCCACAUUUGACGGCUCGAGGAACCUCACAUCGGUGGGUGGGAUCACACAGCCUUUGCUUUCCGGAGUCUGACUUAUUCGCGUGAUGUCGUCAAGCUUCCCCCGUGUUGCAGCGAGAGUCAGCAUCUCCUUCCUUUUGUGGCUGAAUGAUAUUCCUCUGUAGAAAUACAGCACAUUUCGUU